AUGGCAGGCUGGUUCUCUUCUGCAUCCCCGCUCGAUGAGCAGAUCGAGCGGGCGACCUCCUCCUCCCUGGAGGACAUUGCUCUCAACCUCGAGAUAUCCGAUAUGAUCCGUUCGAAGAGCGUUCAACCCAAGGAGGCCAUGAAGGCCCUGAAACGCCGACUGGAGAACAGGAACCCCAACAUCCAGCUGGCCACUCUAAAGUUGACCGAUACCUGUGUCAAGAAUGGUGGCACCCAUUUCCUCGCCGAGAUCGCCUCCCGUGAAUUCAUGGAUAAUCUAGUGUCGUUGCUGAAGGCCGAGGGUGCUCCCUUGAAUCCGGAGGUUCAACAGAAAGUUUUGGAACUUAUACAAAACUGGGCCAUGGCCGCUCAGGGUCGAAUGGACCUGACGUACGUUGGGGAGACAUAUCGCAAACUGCAAGGCGAAGGAUUUCAAUUCCCUCCAAAGACCGAGAUGAGCGGUAGUAUGCUGGAGAGCAAUGCGCCGCCGGAAUGGAUUGACUCCGAUGUCUGCAUGCGAUGCAGGACGGCCUUUAGCUUUAUGAAUCGGAAACACCACUGCCGAAAUUGCGGCAAUGUUUUCGACGCUCAAUGCUCCAGCAAGACCAUUCCGUUGCCACACCUCGGAAUACUUCAGCCUGUUCGAGUCGACGAUGGAUGCUAUACAAAAUUGACCUCUAAAUCAUUCACGCCAUCGGGAGUCUCAGAUCGAACCGCAUUUAAGAACCAAUCCAUCAGUAAAUCCAACGCGAUGGAGCCUCGCGCCGCAAAAGUGGAUAAUAGCUUUGAUGAUGAUCUUCGUCGGGCGCUGCAAAUGAGCCUUGAGGAGGCGGAAGGCCGAGGUCCCUCUGGAUUCGUGCCUCAGACAGGAAACGCCCCUGCGCCGGUACAGGAAGCCCCAGCGCCGUCAAACGUAGAGGAAGAAGACGCCGACCUCAAGGCUGCAAUUGAAGCAUCGCUGCGAGAUAUGGAGCAGCAUAAGCAGAUCCAUGCUGCGGAGUUGAAGAAUAACGCUCAGCCAACCUCGGCGAUGCCUGAUUCGUCCAGCGUUUCAACUCCGUUGCCAAAGAACCCUUACGAGCUCAGCCCGGUCGAAACCGAAAACAUCCAUUUGUUCUCCACUCUCGUCGACAGAUUACAGCACCAGCCACCGGGAACAAUUCUUAGGGAACCGCAGAUUCAGGAGCUCUAUGAAAGCAUAGGCGCACUUCGGCCUAAACUUGCCCGCAGUUAUGGCGAGACCAUGAGUAAACAUGAUACAUUGCUUGACUUGCAUGCCAAGUUAUCUACAGUUGUCCGCUAUUACGAUAGAAUGCUUGAGGAACGUCUUUCGAGCGCCUAUUCCCAGCAAAAUCUGGGCUACGGAGGGUCUAACUACUAUGGCAUGCCCUUGCAAGUCCCCGAUAUGAAGUCGGGCGCGGAAAACUUUUACUAUGGAAAUGCCGCCGAAGCUGCAGCCCAACCAAAUGCUAUGUAUGCGCCACAGCCGGUACAAAGCAAUGGUUACGAGGCGCCCGUGUACCCAGCACAAGCGCAGCGUGGACCCCUAACAGAGUCGCACAACAACGCUGCUUGGAGUGAAAAUUCAUAUCCUUCGCUAGGGUCGCCUCAGCCAACAAACAAAGCGGUGCCCAGUCAUGCUACCCCAGCUUCCGCGCAAUAUUAUACCCCUCAACCGGAUCAAGACCCUGCCCAGCAACAAUUUUCCGAGCCUCCAUACCAACCGUCACCGAUCAUGCGACGGGACUCGCAAUAUCAGCCCAGCGCGCCCCCGAGUGCGCCAGAGGCACACUCACCCGAGUAUGUGCAAUCACCGACGUACUCGACUGUUCUCCCAACCGGUCCCACAGCUUAUCAGCAGCCCAGCGGGCCGCCGCCUCAAUCUUACUAUCACCAGCCCAGUACAGUACCCUCAUACCCGCAGGUGCCGACCGACCAACCGGGGGCGUACCCGGAGGCCCAGCAGCAACCCCCCGCGUUGCAUCAACAACCUGCACGGCCGGUGGAGGAGAGCCUAAUUGAGCUGUAA